CGUCGUUUCAUUGAAUAACCCAGUCGUGUUCUUCACCCGUAAGUAAUGCUUGUAUUUUUGUAUGAAUAAUCUGCUUCCUUUCUGCAGCGUCGGUGGGCGUAAAAACAACAAAUAAAACGAGAAAAACUCUCCCUCCUCAUUUUUCUCCCAUCAAAACCCUAAUAUUUCCCCCAAUUGCAAACUCCAUUUCAUUUCAUCCAAUCACAAAUCAAAAAUGACCCUUUUGAAAUUCCCCAUUUUGCUGAUCAUCUUCUUCAUCGCAUCGUCGAUCCCAUUAACCUUGGCUGAAAUCCGGGUCACCCAGAUCCGAUCCGACAAUCGUCUCACUAUCCCAUUCGAUGAGUUCGGGUUCACCCACUCGGGUCGUCUCGAUCUCAACAUCUCGAAUAUCAAGCUCUCCAAUCCCCGGGUCCCUAAAACCGAACUCUCUCAAGUCGGGUUUUUUCUCACGACCCGGGAGUCCUGGCUUCAUGUAAUUGAUCAAUUGAUUGAACGGGAGAUUCCGUGUUCGCUUAAUUCGAAUCUGAUUAAGCCGGUAUUUAAGUUUGAUAAUCUCGAUGGCGAUCGGGUUGAUGUGUCGUUUGAAGCGAAUGAUGCGAAUCAGUAUACGCUUGUUUUCGCUAAUUGUGUUCCGAAUCUUAAGGUUUCGAUGAAUGUGAAGUCGGCUAUGUAUAAUGUGGAGCCGAGGACGGGGCAGAGGGUUUAUCUGUCGGCUGGUAAAACAUCGUUGCCUUCGAUUUAUUUUGUGUUCUUUUUGAUGUACAUUUCGCUUGCUGGUUUUUGGAUUUUUACGAUCUAUUCCAAGAUUUUGUCGGUUUUUAGGAUACAUUUCUUUAUGCUUGCUGUGGUGAUUUUGAAAGCGUUGAACUUGUUGUGUGAGACGGAGGAUAAGUCUUAUAUUAAGAGAACUGGUACUGCUCAUGGUUGGGAUGUUUUGUUUUACAUUUUUAGUUUUUUGAAGGGGAUCACGCUGUUUACUUUGAUUGUGUUGAUCGGGACGGGUUGGUCUUUUAUUAAACCGUAUUUGCAAGGUAAAGAGAAGAAGGUUUUGAUGAUUGUAAUACCUUUGCAAGUUAUUGCUAAUGUGGCUCAGAUUGUGAUUGAUGAGACGGGGCCAUUUGGGGAAGAUUCAGAUAUGUGGAAGAAAGUGUUUUUGCUUGUUGAUAUAGUGUGUUGUUGUGCGGUUUUGUUCCCGAUUGUGUGGUCGAUCAAGAAUCUGCGUGAGGCUGCUAGGACUGAUGGUAAGGCAGCUGUGAAUUUGAUGAAGUUGACGUUGUUUAGGCAGUAUUACGUUGUGGUUAUAUGUUAUAUCUACUUUACGAGGGUUGUGGUGUAUGCGCUAGAGACUAUUACCUCAUAUAGGUAUGAGUGGACCUCUGUGGUGGCUGCUGAAUUGGCUACACUUGCUUUCUAUAUAUUCACUGGAUACAAUUUCAGGCCCAAGGCUCAUAAUCCGUAUUUUGCAAUCGAUGAUGAAGAAGAGGAAGCUGCGUCUGAGGCACUCAAAAUGGAAGAAGAAUUUGAAUUGUGAGCCUUAUGUUUUGUGCUUAAAGGUGAGAUUAGCAAGGUCUGUCAGAUUGAAGUUCGGUUAUGUCAUAGAUGAGUUUACCUUGUGCAUCUUCUAUACUACUUAAUGCCCUUAUACUGUGCAGUUUGCCUUCUAGUCUAUCUGUUGCCAAUUGUGAUGGGUUUAAAGAUGAAAGAGUUAUGUACAAAUGGUCCACUAUUUGGCCAAUAAAGAUGUUCUGAAUAUCUUGUAGUACUUCUUACUACCUUCUUGUCAAUUUCUUUUUUUGCUACAAUGAGUGCCAUUUCUUAGCUACCA